AUGAUGCCACGAAUAUCUCCUCCUUCCCGAGCAAUCGCGUCUAUACUGAGAUGUAAAAAAGCAUCCAAGUCGCGAAGGCAUUAUGCUACAGCUGUGACUCCAUCAACAUCUCAUGACCCGAUUUCAAGAGUCUCUCCUCCGAUAGCUCGAUUUCCGCCCACACAGCCUCCUUCUUACAAGCCACCGGAGUUUCGCAAGUCUCAAUUGCUCCGCCAGUAUGCGUCCCUAAUUCGAUCAACGCCUCUUAUGGUUCUCUUCCAACAUAACAAUUUAAAAUCUCCAGAGUGGACUGGAAUACGAAGGGAGUUGAACAAAGCCCUGCGGAAAGUCGACGAUUCCAGAGUUGCUGCUGGGUUGCCAACGGAGAACCUAGGGGAGGGUGUCAAGAUUCAGAUUAUUCAGACUGGCAUAUUCGAAUCCGCAUUGAAGAUUGUGGAUUUUUACAAACCAGAAUCGCAACCGGCCACACUUGAUCCAACAGACCCUUCGACACCCUCCUCUGCCACAAUUCCUAUUGUCAAGCCUGACGGCUCCAAUCUGACUCACUCUUUAUCGGAGGCGGCGCACGCUGCCAUCAACAGAAAAUCACAUACACUCGCUCCGCUGAUGUCGGGGCCAAUAGCACUCUUAACUUUCCCUACCGUGUCCCCAGAACACUUAAAGGCAGCACUAUGUAUCCUUGCCCCGGUUCCUGGUCAGUUCCCAGCGCCGACACGAAGGGCAAACCCAGGAUGGCAUGAUCUUCCGGUGCAAACUGGAUUACAGAAGCUACUUUUACUUGGAGCUCGAGUGGAAGGCAAAGUCUUCGACACCGAGGGCACGAAAUGGGUGGGUGGUAUUAACGGCGGCAUGGAAGGAUUACGAGGCCAGCUGGUCGCUAUGUUACAGGGACUUGGCGGGCAUCUUACAAAUACCCUGGAAAGCGCUGCGAAGAAUCUGUAUUUUACGGUUGAAGGAAGACGAACAAUGCUGGAAGAUGAAGGAAAAGAGUCGGUGGAUACCAAGGCUGGCGAGGCCCCUAAAGUGGAAUAA